GGCUACACUGUUGAUCGAUAUACUGCAGGUAAUCUAACCCGAUGGCUCAGAACUUUGGGACAGAACAAUCAGAUGGAGACUGAUGUGAAGACUAUCAAGUUAGCUUUGUAAAAGUAACGUUUAGAAUAUUAUUAAAGGCUGUUUUUAAUUAACAUUUCAAAGUUCAAGAUAUUAAUAGAUUAACAGUUAUGCCCCGUCCUGGAAAAAACUCUUAUAGCGACCAGAAGCCUCCAUACUCCUACAUAUCACUGACAGCGAUGGCUAUCCAGAACUCACCCGAGAAGAUGCUGCCUUUGAGUGACAUUUAUAAGUUCAUAAUGGAUCGCUUUCCAUAUUACCGAGAGAACACCCAGAGAUGGCAGAAUUCCUUGCGACACAACCUCUCGUUUAACGACUGCUUCAUCAAAAUCCCUCGACGGCCUGAUCAGCCAGGGAAAGGCAGCUUCUGGGCUCUGCACCCGGACUGCGGUGACAUGUUUGAAAACGGCAGCUUCCUGAGGAGACGGAAGCGCUUCAAGGUUUUGCGUGCUGAGAAUAUGGCCUGCAAGAGUUCCCCGAUGAUGCAUUACUUCCACCAUCAUCACCAUCCCGGCAGUAAGUUGGGCUCACCAGCCGUCCACCAUGACCACUCAGCGUCUCCAACAAGCGUGGGUCGGCUCCCCCACUUUCAGGGUUACGGGGGCAUUACGUGCGCUCAGCCUGGUGGGUUUAAACACCCCUUCGCCAUCGAGAACAUUAUAGGACGGGACUACAAGGGCGUAGUGGCCAGCGGGCUUCCUCUCACCUCAGUCAUGCACCACCUGGGUUACCCGGUCCCUCCUCAACUCAGUAGCGUGGUCAAUUCGAUGUGGCCUCAUGUGGGUAUGCUGUCUGAGUCCAUAAGUGGCGUGUCUGUGCCAACAGCAUCCUCCGAGUAUGCGCCCUUCAGUGUGUCAGCGAAAGGCUUGUACCACAAUGCCAACGGGCAAACUCUGCCCGCCGUCCCGGUGCCAAUAAAACCCACCCCGUCCUUGGGUCCAGUGCCUGGUUUGACGGGGCUACAGUCCGGCCCACCCCAGCUCUGCUCACCGGCUUCAGUGAUGGAGAAAAGUGAUCUGCUAGAGGGGAAAGGAAACCCUCUACACCCAGCUCUUCUUCUGUCCUAAGUGGGUAAAUCGCAGGCUCUUUUUUGGAAAAAGUCACACAAACAAGACAGACACUGUAGUUAUAUAAGAUAAAACAGAACAGGCCUACCAGAAAUAUCACAGAGUUUAAG